CGAUGAUGUCUGUAAUUAAAUCUAGCGAUGCCACGAAGCUCUCAUUUAUACCUGCACCAAAGGUGUUGAUAACGUUUCGUUUAAUGAGUAGAAGGCAAUAGUGAAUUAAGAUGUUAGCCGCCUUUGAUGAUAGAGCGUGGUUUUGACUAUUUGUAAGCUUUACUAUAUGCUAGUAUUUUCGUGAUUUCACAAGUAAAUUUUAUGGGCAGCCAGCCAGCCAGUCUUGCGACAUUUUAGCGCAACUUUUAUUACAUUUCUAAAAAGUGAUUCUUGUCUGAAUUAAAAAUGCGUAGUUUGCCACACGUAAAAAUGCCCUAAAAAUUCAAAUUACGAUGAGUCAAUGACGUAAAUGAUGUCCUAUUUAUUAGUGCCCUAAUUACCAGCGCCAUCUGUUCGAACACUUGCACUGUUAUUAUUGGUAUCUCAAAGCCCGCGGCAAUUUCAACGUUUUGCCCACACAUGCCUCAUUUUCUGAUUGUUAUCACCAUGAGACAUAUCGCUCUGUAAACAAUAUAUACUUUUAACGUCCGUUCCACUUUAUCACUCGAAAAAUGGCUGCUGCAGCUUGCACUUAUUCAGAGGAAACUGAGAGUUUUGUUACCUGUAGUAUUUGCCUGUGUGAAUUUGAUGCUGAAACCAGGAAACCAAAGUUCCUACCAUGUGCUCAUACACUUUGCCUUAAAUGUUUAAAGGAGAUACACAAGGAGUUUGUCAUUAGUUGCCCACUCUGUCGUAAAGAGUUUUCUCACCAGGAUGACGUCUCAAGUCUUCCAAACAACUCUUAUGCACUUCACAUGCUCAAAUUGUCAGAGAAAAACCCAGAAGCUCCAGAUAAACCUGAUUUGACGAAUGGGAAACCUACAUGGUGUCUCACUUGUGGAGCAUUGGCUAAACAGGGAUGUUCAGUUCACUCAAUCAUUGAUGUGACAGCGAAAACAAUCAUGAAUUUUGAGUCGUUGUUGAAACUCAGAGAUGAUAUCAAGAAAAUGAGAGACCAGGGACAAACAAAAUUGGCUUUGGCUAUCGAAAAGAGGAAAGAAGUUCAGACUCAUUUGGAUCAAUUAUCUCAAUGUUUAAAACUAGUCCUGCAUGAAGUCAACCUACAAGAAGAGACAAACAAUAUUCUCCUAGUCGAAAUGAUUUCUGAGUUGGAAGCAAGCAGUCCUUGUUUACAUCAACCUCUCAACCCUGAAAUACCACAAGAUGAAGACCCACUUUUAUCAGAAUUGAUAUCUCUAGUCGACGAUUCCAAUCCACAAGAUAGUUUCGAUACUCUCAAAGAGAAAAUGAAGAAAUCACUACUGUCAUGCGAGAGCAAAUUAGCCGAUGCCGUCACCGUGGUCAAAUCUCUUCAAUACCAGAAAAAUAGUAAAAUUUCUGUCUGGCUUACUGACCCCAGGAAUCAGAGCAUUCCUACCUUUGACUGGCUGGAAAAGGGUUUCACCACGUACUGGCCGAGCGACACCAGCCUGUCCCCGACCAAACGCGAUUUCCUGCUUCUCUCUCACAUCGUCUUUUCCAUUCAUAAAAGGGGCGCAAAGCUUAACAAACAAACUACAUCCGAUGUUACUGCUGAUGAGCCUCCCGACCACAACCUUUCUGUGACCAAGAAAUUUGAAGAAACGAGUCCGUCAGUGACGACUACCAAUCCUAGCUCAGUGAUUAGUUUGAACAGCCCUAUCGAAAAAUUUGAUCUCAACAAAGCGACUUUAAUUAUGACUGUACGGCGACACGGUACGUUUAAGGGCUCUGUCCACAUCAAAUUAUCUCCAAGCUGCAAUUCCCAAUUUAUCCAGAAACUGGGGAAAAUCUGCUUCCGGACUCCCAAACAAUUCAGCAACCUGAUUGAAAAAACUGUUCCUGGCGUGUUUCUGCUUGUCCCAGCGUUCGAGGACAUGGCAGAUUUCUCCUAUGAUGACUUGUCUAGCUUACCGCUAACCCGCCAUUACAUGGAAGCCGGAAUAUCGUUGUGGGUGGACGAGUACGGCGAUCUGGGAGGUUGGAAUUUGGUUUUCCCUCUGCAGUACUUUGAAGACAAAAGGAACGAUAUGCACUUGAAAACCGUCCAGCCCGUCUAUUUUAUCGGCCAAGUUACACAAGGUAUUGAAGCCAUUGAAGCGCUUAGCUGGACGACAAAAUACCAGAGAAGUGGCUACACUUUCACCUUGGAAUCGCGUUGAAAUCAACAAUCAAUCAUUUUGUUUUUCCCCGGAAAGGUGUGUGCCAAGAAAGGUUGUUUAAACUAGAUGUUAUCAUUCCUUUAUGUUUAUUUUUUUAAAUCAAGACAAUGAUGUAACCUUAACAAAGACUUUUAUCGUUUGAACGUGUUUGAAAUCGGAAUUUUCUAACUAUUGGCAAAA